GUCAAACAGCAUCAUCAUUAGGAGGAAAGGGAACGCCCUGCAUCCACUCUUCCUCAUCACCCAUCCACCGCGGCGGUGUCACGUGAGAGGACAAGCACCGUGGACAAGAUGGAUGACACGUCCUUUUAAGACAACAUGUCUUCCUUUUGAGACCCAAGAACCCACGAUAGACAUGCUGCUUUCCUCCGCCAUCUUCCUCUUCGUCAUCCUGCAGACCUGCCCCGCCUCCGCCGACCGGAGGUUCGGUUGUUUGUUCGAGAGGAACCUCUGUACGCUGUACGAGAUCUGUGUCAAUGAUGGGAUGUUCGGGAGGUGUCACUCUCUCCCGAUGGAGGAGGUUUACUCCUAUGACGUCACUCUGCCUGUGGUUCAACACUUUAGACUGCUGCUCGACCAGAUGGCAAACCGAGGUCUGACAUGGGAGGAUGACACCACCCAGCAGGUUCUGGCCAAAGAAUUGUACAAAAUCCGUAGGGUUCCUCACCGGCUGUCACUGAGCGGAGCCACCUACAAAACAGACAGCAGGACAGAAGCAGCGGUGAUGGACCCAGUGGAACAGAGACUAAAACCAGCAGAGACGGAGCUUAACAGGAACCUGCAGGCGUACCUCCAACACCUCGGACUCCUCCCAAAAACAAGCGGCACUGAAGGCCUGAUUGUUGCUAGCAAGGACGGUCGAGUCCAGUCAGACCCGACCAUUCAGAAGACAUCUUCCUCUCUCAAAGUGAAGCAGAACCUUUCAGCUGAGGAGCUUCAAGUCCUCCUAAACGUCCUCAGGCAGCUUCUCUCCCGGCACCCCGACCCCUCGCCCCGCUUAAGGCCCAUCUACAGCUACGGAACAGAAAGUUCUGUGCCCAAGACCUUGAAAUCCAGACCCAAUAAUUUGGACAAAAGUAAAGGAUCUUCAGCUAAGGAGCCGCUGACGUUAGUUGACGAGAAGUUCAUCCAGAAUGUCUUAAGGAACAUCGGCAAACAGCACCUGGACGUGGACAACCUGUCGCCGCACGACGUGGACCAGCUGUCCAACCUGAUUGUGGACGCUUUGCAAGUAGUAGACAAUGGCCGGGGUGGAGAUCGGGUACGGGUCCAACCUGGACCACGAGACUUGGAAGGAGAGUUGAGUGACGGACAAGAAAGAAAGGAGGAGGCGGUCAGAGACGAUGAUGAGAAGUUCAUGGAAGAAGCUCCAACUGUGAAGAUCACACUUGCUGAUGCCUCUCAAGAAGUCCACUCACUGACUGACAACAACAACAACAUGGAGGACAAGGAUGAGAGUCCAAACGUGUUCAGCAAACUUCUGGCCUACUUGGACCAAAGUCCCUUCACGGCCCCGCCUCCUCCUAGGCCGCAGAGAAGGGCGGGGCUCGAGAACGUCCAGAGCCGCACCCGCGAGGUGGGCGUAGCGGUGGAGAAGAAGGACACCACCCAAUCCGUGGAGGAGGUGUCGGAGGUGUCGGGCUGGGUCAAGGAGGUGGCCCCGCCCCUUGCGGCGCUGAAGUAUGAGGCGGCGCAUAAGAAGAUGCUGAGCGUCCCUGAGCUCCAGCUGGAUGUCAACGCAGACAGAAAGAAGGCGGAUGACAUCUUUGGCUACGUCAUCACUGACACGGACGGCCUGCAGACCGAUGAAGGUCUGCACAUGAUGGAGAUCCUGGCUCACAUGGCCAGAAUCCAAAUGACCGACUUUGCUGAGCUUUCGGUGGUGGGCCCGGCCGUGACCUUUAAAGUGAGUCCAAACCGUCAAAACGUCAGCACAGCAGAUGUGGUCCACGUGGCAGUUGAUCAGAAAGCAUCGCUGGAAAAGGAAGCCAAGCUCAGCAUCCUGGAGGCGGGAGUCGCAGACGGGAACCACAUCAACCAGAUCCCCACCAAGUACAGCCAGGCUGAGUCCACCAAGUACCUGGUCCUCACAGUGGUGUCCAUCCUGUGCAUCGUGGGCGUGCUGCUGGCCUCCACCGUGGUCUACUGCCUCCGCCAUCGCUCGCACCACAAGCUGAAGGAGAAGCUAACCAACCUGGGCGCAGACACCAGCGGGGAUGCCACCGCCACCUAUCAGGACCUGUGUCGACAGCGCAUGGCGGUCAAACCUCAGGCUGAGCGCCGCCCCGAGCCCGCCUCCUCCAGGAUCAACAGCGUGUCGUCUCAGUUCAGCGAUGCCGGCGCGGCCGUCAGUCCAUCGGCUCGUAGCAGCCUGUCGUCGUGGAGCGAGGAGCCCGCCCAUCCCAACAUGGACAUCUCCACUGGUCACAUGAUUUUGUCCUACAUGGAGGAUCACCUGAAGAACAAGGACCGACUAGAGAAGGAGUGGGAGGCGUUGUGUGCCUACCAGGCAGAACCCAACACUAGCACCAUGGGCCUGAAGGACGGCAACGCCAAGAAGAACCGCUCUGCUGCUGUGGUUGCUUAUGAUCAUUCUAGAAUCACCUUGAGGCUGGAGAACAGUCAAGGCAACUCUGACUACAUCAACGCCAGCCCCAUUAUGGAUCAUGACCCCAGGAACCCCGCCUACAUCGCCACGCAGGGCCCGUUGCCGUCUACUGUGGCCGACUUCUGGCAGAUGGUUUGGGAGAAUGGCUGCGUGGUCAUCGUCAUGCUGACGCCGCUGGUGGAGAGCGGCGUGAAGCAGUGCUACCACUACUGGCCUGACGAGGGCUCCAACCUUUACCACAUCUACGAGGUCAACCUGGUGUCAGAACACAUCUGGUGCGAUGACUUCCUGGUUCGUAGUUUCUACUUAAAGAACAUGCAGACAAACGAGACGCGGACCGUCACCCAGUUCCACUUCCUGACCUGGCUCAACCAGAACGUCCCCGAGACCAGCCGGACCCUCCUGGACUUCCGCAGGAAGGUGAACAAGUGUUACCGCGGGCGUUCCUGUCCCGUCAUCGUACACUGCAGUGACGGCGCUGGAAGGACAGGGACGUACAUUUUAAUCGACAUGGUCCUCAAUAAGAUGGCUAAAGGUGCCAAAGAGAUUGAUAUUGCAGCUACACUGGAACACCUAAGAGACCAGAGGCCGGGUAUGGUGCAGACCAAGGAUCAGUUUGAGUUUGUGUUGACCACGGUCGCUGAAGAAGUGAACGCCAUCUUGAAAGCUCUUCCUCAGUAGGAUGGAUGAAGGACAAGACGUUCUAAUGCUGUCUCAUCCACUAGUGGACAUCUUAUACCGCUAACCUUCUCCUUGUUUUCUGUGUCUCAUGUCCUCGCUGUACUUCCUUUCUUUCUCCUCAUCUCCUCUCCUCCUUGUGAUGAGCAGAGUGAGCGUAAAAAGAUAUAUUUUAUUUGGCCAAGUGACGUUUAAUAUGUGAAUGGAUUGUUUUUGUUUCAAAAUUUGCUUCUAAAAAGGCUGCAAAUCGUCAGUAAAAUAAGGACCAUUCCACCGAAUCUGUGCUAUCUGCAUCCCCAGGAAAUAAGAUAAGUAGAUGGUAAAAUUAGCUGUAAAAUAAAAAUAUAUAAAUCGGAGUGUCUUGCACAUUGCAUUUUUUAAUAGAUACAAUUAACAAAAACAGCAUGCAUGUCUUAAAAUGUAACUUGACUAAUAAAUAAUCAUUAAAAUACCUCAGAAAUGUGAUAUUUUUUUACAUAGGUGUUUUAGUCCGUAUGCCUUAUUCUUUUUUUAUUUAAAACAAAGUACAUUUUAUAAUUGCCUUUUACCCAAUUCAUUUUAGUUUCAGGUCAAAUGUAGUCAGUUUUUCAAUCCAGCAGAUAGUGCCAUUAUAAAACAUCAAUACAAUAUCAGCGCAGUGUCAAUACAGGUAGUGAGUGUGCCAAACUCACUGAAACAUCACUGCUACUAAAAACAUACUUGAAUUUCUGUUACUCAAGUGGUUGAUUUAUCUUUGAGCGAGUUAACAAGCACAGAUUUGGUAGAAUGUCCUUUACGCUAUUUAGGUCAAUAAAAAGAAACUAGUGGCAAAUAUUCCAUCUUUAUGUGGCUGUAAGUCAGUGAGCGAAGGUUUGGCGUCCAAGUUUGAUGUUUGUUUUUUUAUUUCUUUGACAUUUCUGUCCUUUUGUUCAACAGCAGUCUAACAGGGCGCCUUUAGUGUGCUUUAAAAUCAAUAGUGAGGCCAUAAACACACAAAACGCACCCCCAGGGAGGAAUAAAAAAAGCAAAGGUUCAUUUGUUUGCGUUUUAAUGCCUCAAAGGUCCUGAUGAAGUCCAGUCUAGAGGAUUGGUACUGAGCAGCUCCUCUUCUAUGUAGGAUUGAAGGCUAACUUGUACUUGUAGACCAGCUUGCUUGAAUCCAACAAGUUGUUGCAUGUUCAGCCAGUUUAUUUGAUUGAAUGUGUUGGUAGACUAGUUACGAACACAAUCGUGCUGCAAAAGCUGUGUAAUCAAAAUCAAUAGAAGCAUGAGGUGUUUUGUGUAAGCAACAUUUUUGGACUAUUUCUUGAUUUUAUGAGGCGUCUCCAAACUUGUGCGGUUUCUUUUUUUUCCCCAUUGCAUUUCUGAAGCAGCUUUUUGCUUGAAUUAUGCAUACAUCUUGGUUUUGUGUUUUUGCUUAUAGCUGAGCAGAGUGCACAGUAAUUAUUUUAAUGUUUUUUCCAGUGCUAACUUGUGCAUGGCAAGCAGUCCAAUUAAUAUACAUAAACAUUUAUCUACUAUUGUAUGAUGAUAAGUUUUAGUCAGUGUGCAACACGUUCUGAAGAGCUACACACACACAUGAAUACAUUGUACAGAAAACCAAGAAGCUAUUUUGUUCUAUUGGUGUCAUCAUAUUGUCAAUAAAGUUGUAUUGUCAAAACAGAAAA